AUGGCACCGACAACACCAUCCCCUGUCGUGUCCAGCUUCAACGAGCCCUUCAUCUCAGCCCUUGAUGCUGCGGCGCCGGCCAAUGCGAACGAUGACCCAAGCUACUAUGCCCGCUAUCCGCGGUCCCUGAUCGCCACCUCUAAUCUCGACACUUUCAUGACUGGAACUGGAUCUGCAAUUUACGACUCAUUAGUGCCUCUUCUCGAGUCUACUAGCCGCGAGCUUAUUCUGGUCACUUGCUUCUGGGCUAGAUCGACGACUCUAGAAACACUUAACGAGGUUCUGAGAAGACUCUCCGACAAGGCUGUCAGGAGAGGGACGGACAAGAUCAGAGUUCGACUUUGCUUUUCUUCCAGUUCGGUCUUUCAGAAGCUAUUUCACAAGCAGGCCACUUCAGGACAGACGUAUCCGCCUUCAGCAUGGGUGAAGAAGUUGGGCUUGCCUGACCCGUCUGAGCUCAAUGGACUGGACCUCGAGAUUAAGUCCAUAUUCAUAUUACCAUUCAGUGUCAUGCAUCCCAAGUUCAUCAUCGUCGAUCGGAAGACGGCAGUAUUACCAAGUUGCAACAUCAGCUGGGAAGAAUGGUUCGAGGGUGCCGUCACCCUUACUGGACCUGUUGUCGAACAGUUCCUCAAAUUCUAUCGGACUUUCUGGGAGCGGCGAGAGGAUGUUCCGACGAGUCUCGACGUUCCCGACAGCGCUGUGGUAAAGCUUCACGGUGCGCUGAAAUCGUCUGCACUACUGUCGGCUCGCAGUAUACAUACCGUCUUCCUUCCCAGCCCACACCGUCGUAAUCCGCGCUUUAGUUUCGUUGGAGCUCAAGACACCCUUCGAGCUCCGCCAACGCCUCUGAACGUUUUCAUACUCACACUCUUCGCAAAGGCUGAGAGAAGCAUCCGUAUUCAGACGCCAAAUGUCACUGCGCCACCUGUCCUGUCCGCCAUUCUCAGAGCGCUUGCACGCGGCAUCGACGUACGCAUUCUGACCUCGGAACGUCUCAUGAUACUCGAGCAGUUGGUCACAGCAGGAACCACAACGUCACGCUGCAUCAAGAAGCUCAUCAAACGCUAUCAACAGCUGACCCACGACGGUGGCAGUUUGAACGAUGAGGAAGCAGCUAUGGCGACUCCCAAGCCCGGUCGCCUACAUGUAUCAUACUUCGAGCCGAUCGAUGGACCCAAGAAGAGGGGCAACGAAGCAGGAGAGCCCCAACAGUCGCAUCUCAAGAUGACUAUUGUAGAUGACGAAGUCCUCGUCCUAGGCUCCGGGAAUCUAGACCGGGCGAGUUGGUUCACAAGUCAAGAGCUAGGUGUUGCCUUUUUCGACAAAGAAGUGGUCAGAAAGGUUGGAAGUGCGGUUGAUGAAGGUACACAGGGAAGAAGCAAAGUGGUAUUUGACAGUGAGGGCUAG